UGUCGCCAGUUUCCUGGUUCCAGCAGCCCGGCAGGUGUGCUCAGUUUCGGUCGCGGCUCCAGGAGGAGAAACGGAUCUGAAUCCGGUUCGGAGUGAAACUUUUCUUCCUAAACUUCAGCUGAGACUCUCAGCCUGUCUCCGCCCGGACCUCCUCUGUGGGUUUGGGUCGUACCUGCCGGGCCGCUCACCUGUCGUCUGCUCACCUGUCGUCUGCUCACCUCUCCUACGUCAUUUCUCCGCCAUGACGGCCUCGGGUGUCGGGACCCGCCGGUAGAACUCGGUCCAGAUUUCAGGAGCAGGAACCGGAUCGGAGAGCCGGGAUCCGCCGGCGCAGCCGCGAUGGACAUGGAUCUGAUGGAUUCAGGGAAUAAAUUCAGCCCGAGACAGGGCGGUGAUUUGGACGCCGCCCUCCAGUUCCUGCCGGCCUCAGACUCCAAGCAGGUGGAGAAGCACCGCCAUAAGAAGCUGUGGGUGGGCGUCGGCCUGGUGGCGGCGGCUGGCGCGCUGGCGCUCAUCACCGGGCUGCUGGUCUGGCACUUCAACUUGCGUCAGGAUGUCCGGGUGAAUAAAGUUUAUAUCGGUUCGAUGGAAAUCAGCAACCAGCGUUUUCUUCCGGCUCAUGAAGAUCCCAGCAGCGUGGAGUUUAAAAAUCUGGCCACGCUGGUCAACCAGCAGCUGAAGCUGCUCUACUCUAAAAACUCAGACCUCGCCAAAUAUUUCUCGGGCUCCACGGUCCACGCCUUCAGUGAAGGUGAUGGCAGCGGCGGUGAUGGCGUCGUGGCGUACUACCAGUCGGAGUUCGACAUCCCGGCGCUCCGAGAGUCCGCUGUGGAUGAAGCCAUGGACAGUCUGGAGCCGGCGGAGGGCCAGCAGGGCCGGCAGGGCCGCCUGGUGCUGAGGCCGAGCGGGGCGCUGAACGUCAACAGCGUCACGUCUGCAGCUUUAGACCCACGCAUGACCCGGUCCACGUUCAUGGCGAGGAAGUCGUUUACCCGCCACGUCCGGGAAGAGGGCAGCGUUUCCUCGCCGGGCUUCCCCGACUCGUCGUACCCACCCAACACCUUCCUGCAGUGGAGGCUCCGCGCCGACCCCGGCCACCGCGUCCGGCUCGACUUCGACACCUUCAUCCUGGAGGACGACUGCAGCCACGACUUCGUCAAAAUCUACGACUCGCUGGCGCCGAUCGAGCAGCGCGUGAUGGCAGAGAAGUGUGGAUAUUCCCAUGAUCCUCUGUCCUUCCUGUCGUCGGGGAACGUCAUGCUGCUGACGCUGGUGACCAGCGAGAACAGGAGCUUCCCCGGCUUCAGAGCCAGCUACUCGCAGGUUCCUGUGACGGGACGAAAGUGUGGCGGGAAACUGUCGGGACUCAAAGGCUCCUUCUCGUCGCCCUUCUUCCCCUCCAACUACCCCCCGCAGACCACCUGUGUGUGGGACAUCCAGGUGCCCGAGGGAAACUUUGUAAAGGUUCAGUUCACCAAGUUCUCUCUGUCUGAGCCGGGGCAGUACAGCAACCGCUGUCCCAAAGAUUAUGUCGAGGUCAACGGUCAAAGGCUGUGUGGCGGUCAGCCCGACAGCACGGUGCGCAGCAGCCGAGGAACCACCAUGAGGGUCAAAUUUCACUCAGACUCGUCGUACGUCGACCAGGGAUUCACCGCCGAGUUUGAAGCCUUCGUGCCGACCAACCCCUGUCCCGGGAGGUUCCAGUGCCUCAACAACCUGUGCAUCAACAACACGCUGAAGUGCGACGGCUGGAACGACUGCGGCGACGGCAGCGACGAAGACAAAUGCAAGUGCGAGGCGUCGCAGAUGAGGUGCAACAACGGCCGCUGCAAACCCAAGUUCUGGAAGUGCGACGGCGUCGACGACUGCGGCGACAACACCGACGAGGAAGACUGCGAAAAAUGCCGAGCGGGCGAGUUUUCCUGUCGGAACGGCCGCUGCAUCGCCGAGCGGCUGAAGUGCAACGGAAAAGACGACUGCAACGACGGCUCCGACGAGGCCGAGUGCAAGAAAUCCGUGGUCCUGCAGCAGUGCUCUCAGUUCACGUAUCGCUGUCGGAGCGGACGCUGCAUCAGCAAACUGAACCCGGAGUGUGACGGACAGCCGGACUGCGAGGACGGCUCCGACGAGGACGGCUGCGAGUGUGGGUCGAGGCCUUACAGGAGCUCUCGUAUCGUGGGCGGUCAGAUGUCCAGGGAGGGGGAGUGGCCUUGGCAGGUCAGCCUGCACAUGAGAGGGGGGGGGCACGUGUGCGGCGCGUCGGUGCUCAGCAACCAAUGGCUGCUCACCGCCGCUCACUGCGUCCAGGACGACGGCGACAAGAAGUACUCCCAAGCCGACCAAUGGGAGGCCUUGCUGGGUCUCCACAUCCAGAGUCAGACCAGUCAGUGGACGGUGAGGAAGAACGUGAAGCGGAUCAUCGCUCACGCCGCCUACAACGCCGACACCUACAACAACGACAUCGCCCUCAUGGAGCUGGACGGCGCCGUGACCCUCAACCAGAAGAUCUGGCCCAUCUGCCUGCCCACCCCCACGCACGCCUUCCCAGUGGGCCAGGUGGCGUGGAUCACCGGCUGGGGAGCCACCAGAGAGGGAGGUUUCGCGGCGAACAUCCUGCAGAAGGCCGAGGUUCGCAUCAUCAACAGCACAGUGUGCAACAGCCUGAUGCAGGACCAGAUCACGGACAAGAUGCUGUGCGCUGGGGUCCUCAAAGGAGGCGUGGACGCCUGCCAGGGCGACUCUGGUGGGCCCCUGUCCGUCACGGGCACCGCUGGGCGGGCCUUCCUGGCCGGCGUGGUGAGCUGGGGCGACGGCUGCGCCCGCAGGAACAGACCUGGCGUCUACACCCGUGUCACCGAAUACCGCAGCUGGAUAAAGGAAAACAGUGGCGUGUAGUGCCAGGAUGAACACAAUCUCUGUCUAAUAUCUCUGUCUCUGGACUGGAUUAUGGGUUUUCUCAUGGACGGAGAUGGCUGGCUGCCUGCAGGUCGACGGCUUGUGACCGACUCUCUGCCAAGUCUGUUGUCAAGCUAAAGUGUGCUGAUAAGAAAUAUGUACAGCUGGAUGGGGGAAUUCAUGUAUCUUUAUUAUUUUGCUGACAAAUCAUGCUCUUCAUAGGCCUUUUCACUCUCCAGUGAGCCUGAAAGCUGAGAUAUGCCCCCUCUCAGCCGCAGCUCAGCGCAGGGUUAUCACUGACUUUUUGGAGAUAUUCCCAACAAACUUCACACUUUUUGUACAUUACAGGAAGCGAUUCCAGGUGCUGUUUGUACAACGGCGUAUUAGUGCCAUUGUAGAGAGACAAAAAAAAAAAAAAAAAAAUACAGAGGUAAUAUUCCAAGAAAAAAACUACCAUACACUCCCACCAUAAUGAUUUAAGCCAUAUACACUAUAAAUGCAUAUAUAAAUACAUAAAUAGGCGCCUAAAAAACAGUUGGUGUUGACAGGUGUUCCAAAAGCACCAUGACUUCUUUCUCAAAUUCUAAUUUUAGAUCAUCAGCACCACUGUCAUGUUAACAUAUGUAAUUAAGUUUUACAUGAAAACUCAACUGGACUGGUGCUUUACCUGUUACCCGGCUCAUCUUCAGGUAUGAAUGUGUUAGUGACUGUCAUCACGUGAGGCGUCACUAUAAACCCUGAGGUCACGCUCAACACGCUCAAGCUCUUACAGAGGAAUUUCACACAUAUCUGUCUAUCUAUCUAUCUAUCUAUCUAUAUACAGGGUGACACAAAAAAUGGGA